CUAAACAUUAUUUUCAGAAAAAGAUGAUUUUAGUGAUUCAAUAACAAAAACGGCGACGUAACUUGAUCUUAGAUUUACAGUACGUAAGGUUAGUUGCAAGUUAUAUUAAAUACGUCUUGAUUGACAAUGUUCAGGUUAUAUAUAAACAACGUAUUGAGUAAGUCACUGUUCUGCAAGAAGAUUGAUACUGGGAUCUUGAAAAGACUUAACUGAAUACGAUUAUAGUUUGAUCAUGAGUGGACGCGUCCAUAAUUCUGGAAAUGGGUACGGACCCAUACCCAGUGGAAGGGAAGUACCUGACGAAGCCCAUGAUGCUGCAGGAUAUCUGAAACCAGAAUAUCUUAGAUAUUCGACUGUCAAUGAAGUUCAUACCAUGAAUAAUACUAAUGAAAUCGCCAACAUGAAUGGUGAUCGUGAAUCCGACGCAAAUACUGAAAAUGCGAUAACCAUCAAGAAAAAGGCCAAAAUAGUAAAAUAUGUCUCACUGAAAUGCGCAAUAGGCGUUGUAGUGCUAUCGGUAGCAGUUAACAUUGUUUUCAUCGUUUGGAUUACACUGCUUAUAAAAGGUAAUUUCGAAGUGUUUCAUAUCGCAUGGAUAUUACCAUGUAUUCAUUCUUAAAAGAAAAUGGCAGAUUAAAACGAGUUUCUUCAAUAUUCCUUACAAAUGCAUAUACAGUUCAC